AUGAUUCUAGAAAAGACCAGAAGCUUAUCAAACGAUGACAUUUUCCGAACAGUAGAAUUAAUAAUAGAGGGAAUCAAGGCCUACGUGGGCAGUUCGCUUUUAAAACACUCUAAAACAAAGAGCAUGUCCAAUAAACUUAAUAAUUUCAUUAUUUCUAGAGUGGAUGAGGAUGCUCAAAGUUGCAUUCAAGGCUUUCUCAUGUAUAGAGUCGAGAGAGAAUACUGCAUACUCUACGAAAUACACGUUGCUAAAGACAAGAGAUCGUGUGGAAUUGGCUCAAAGCUGAUGGAGGAGCUAUUCAGAGAUCAGAAGGGCAAGCUGCUCAUACUCUUCGUACACAAACGCAACGCAAGAGCUCAGAAGUUUUAUCUUUCCAAGGGGUUUCAAUUUCACGAUAUUCAGGCUAAUGAAAGAUGCUAUGAAAUGUUCAAACAGAACUAG